ACAGAGAGAGAGCAAGCAGCAGAGAAGGAUCCCCAGGACCCAGUUCUGAUCCCACAGCUGAGCACUGACUGCAGAAAGGACACUUGCGAGCUGCAGGUUUGACAGCACUCUGGGUGGAAGAGGACCUCUGGGGAGAAACACGCAGAUCACUAAUACCGGUGACAAAGAGACUCGUUGAACAGCUAUGAAGAGCGCUCUGGUCUGAGCCAACAGACAAAGCAGCAGACAACAGACUGGUCCUGGGAGACGCAGUACUGACUUCAAGUGGGAUCAGCUCAAAAGCUCAACCUGUAAAGAAGAAGGUUUUGUUGUUGAAAACAAGGAGCUGAACAAGGCAUCAUGGCAAGCCAUCAGGCAGUGAAAAUCUUCAAGAAAUCUUCCAUCCUAGGAGUUACAAUCACUCAGUUUGUUGAUGAUAUUCCAGAAGGAUGCAGUACACCUGACUUUGAGCGGAAACCUGUCACCCUAACGUUACAGGAAGGUAAAAAUGCCAUUUUCAGAGCUGUGGUCAAGGGUGUCCCGAAGCCUGAUGUGGAAUGGAAGCGUACAAAAGGAGGAAUGGAUGAUCCUGCCAAAUACAAAACAUCCUUCAGUGCCAUUACGAAUGAAUUCAUUCUGCAGAUAAAUAAACUCACUGUAGAUGAUACUGAUAUGUAUCGCUGCUCUGCUGUGAAUGAGUAUGGGGAAGCUGUGUGCACUGCUGGCCUCAGGAUCAUACAAGUUGGCUUUAAGAGGAAAGCGAGACAAAUUCCCAUUCAUCCUGCUGAUGAAUUAAAGAAGAAAAUUCAGGAGUUCAGGAAGCUGCUGAGAAAGCGAGCCCCACGACCACCACCAAAACCAGUGGACAAAGAAGCAAUCUUGCAACUGUUGCUGCAUGCCGAUAAAAGAGAUUACGAAAGAAUCUGUAUGAAAUAUGGAAUUACAGACUUCCGUGGGAUGCUGAGAAAGCUGCAGGAGAUAAGGAAGGACACAGAGAUUGAACAUGGAGAAUUAAUGCGCAGUAUCAAGAACCAGCAACACAUCAGGGUCGACAAAGAGGGAAAGGCUACAUUGAGUCUAGAGAUGGACCUGAAAAACAGUAACAGCAAAAUUUAUCUGUUUAAGGAUGGUAAGAGGGUGAGAUAUGGAACAGGGAAUGAAUACAGAAAGCGCUACCUGAAGCAAGUAGGAAAAAAGUAUUAUUUCAUUGUCAACGAUGUGCAGCCAGAAGAUGCAGGCUUGUACCAAGUCAGAGUGGAUGAUGUGCCUGUUUUCUCAACUGAGUUGGAACCUGAAUCCAUCCCUGUGAGAUUUGAGCACCCGCUCAGUGACAUACGUUGCCUCGAGAAAGAUGAUGCUGUCUUUGAGUGUACCCUACGUGCUCCCUGCUACGAUGCUGUGUGGCUAUGCAAAAACCACCUCCUCGAGGCAAGUGAGAAGCACCAGAUCUCUGUAACACCUGAUGGUCUGACCCACCAGCUGAUUAUCAAAAAUGCUCUGCCCUCCGACAGUGGCAUGUACACGCUCGACACUGGGCUCUGUUCCUCAAAUGCCUGGCUUAUUGUAGAGUAUGCCAAAGGAAAGAGGAGACAGGAUGAAAGAGAUGAAAGAGAUAAAGCUGGCUGGCUGAAAGGACUUUUGUCAGAUGAAGACAGGGCUAAAAAACUUCGACAAGGAGAAUAUCUUGGUGACCAAGAUCACUUUAUGGACAUUAGCAUGGAAGAAGAUGGCUUGUACAGAAAUGGCCAAGAAGGCAGUCAAGGCUACUCCAUUGAUGUUGAUGGCAGACAUAGAUUUUUGGGACAAGAAGGGCUAGAUGGAGCCGACAGAAAUGGAAGGAUGGGGUUUGGUCAGUUUUCUAGAGCAGAGAUAGAUGGAGACUCAACGACAAGUGGUGGUAGUAGCAGUAGAUUGACAGGUUUAAGAGACAAAAGUGGAUUAGGGUCUUUCCAUGGCGAGGAUUCUAUGACAAGCAGAGCAGAUACUGGUGAUGGAUUAGGAGGAGCAGGUGGGUGGUAUUCUGUGGAUGGCAGAGGUGAUGCUAGAGCUAGAUUCAGAAGUAGAGAAGGUUCAGACACUCUUCAUGGCAAGGGUGCUGUGUUUGAGGAUACUAGUGCUGGUACUGGGGCUAGGGUGGGAGAAGCAGGCAGCAAGGAAUUUCUUUAUGGUAAAGAGGGUUUGGCAGUUGGAACUGAGGCUAGCCUGAGUGGAAAAGGAGGCAUGGCUUCUCUUUAUCAGGAGGAGGAUAUGAUGGGAACAAAUGGUUCUAGCAGUGCUGGUGUAGGUGGAAUGUGUUCUCUGUCUGACAGGGAUGCUGUCCUACGUGGAGCCAGUCCUGGGACUGGUCAAAGGGCUGAAGAAAUUAUGGGGUCUUUUCAUGGCACAAAUGCCACAAGAAGUGGAUCCAGAGGUGUAGGAGGUAGGGACUCUCAUGACGGUAAGGACAGUAUGUUGGACGUUCUUAACACCGAAAUGGAUGAUGCAAAAGGUGUGGGCUCUUGGCAUGACAAGGCUGGUAAAUUAGGUGAUAUUCAUUCUAGACAUGGUUUUGGAGGUGUCAAGAGAUCUGGGGCUACUGAUGGAAGUUCUGUGUUAGAUGGACUCAGUCCUAGUUCAACCAGUGUAGGAGGCAUGCGGUCUCCCUAUGGUAAGGAUGAUCUGUAUAGUGAGACUAGUCCAGGGACUGGAGCUGGUAGGAAUGCUACAGGUACUGAGAUUGCUGGAGGAAUAAGAUCCCCUUAUGGCAAGGAUGACAUGCCUACUAUAGCUGAUAUUAAUGGAGCAAGUAUAAAUAGAGGAGAAAUAGGGACUCCCUAUGGCAAGGAUGACCUGAGAGUUGAAGCCAGUGGUCCUGCAGGUCAGGGAGGAAGAACUGGCUUGCUGUAUGGCCCACAUGGUCUGCCAGCUGGACAUGGGGCUAGACCUGGUGCAGGUGGCACUUCCAUAGGGAGAAUGGGGGCUUUGUAUGGCCCGGAUGGUCUGCCAGCUGGAGCAGGUGUUGGAGAUGUCACUGCUGUUAAAAUUGGGGAGUUCUAUGGUAAACACGGAGAGUCAGCUGAACCUGGGGCUGGAGAUGGAAACUGGAUUGGAGCUGAUGUAGCAGGUGAAGGAGGAAUGGGGUACCCCUAUGGGAAGGAUAGAGUUCCUGUGGGAAUGGGGGCUGGGGCUGGGGCUGGUGGUGCUGGUGAAGCUGGUGCAGGAGGAUUUGGCUCUCCCUAUGGAAAGGAUGGCCUCCCAGCUGGGGCUGGUGUUAUAGGCUUGGGAGGUGUUGGUUCUCCCUAUGGCAAGGAUGGUCUUCCAGCCGGGGCUGCUGUUGGUGGUGCUGGUGUAGCUGGUGCAGGAGGAUUUGGCUCUCCCUAUGGCAAGGAUGGUCUUCCAACUGGGGCUGCUGUUGGUGGUGUGGGAGGUGUUGGUUCUCCCUAUGGCAAGGAUGGUCUUCCAGCUGGGGCUGGUGUUGGUGUUUUGGGAGGUGUUGGUUCUCCCUAUGGCAAGGAUGGUCUUCCAGCUGGGGCUGGUGUUGGUGGUGAUAGUGUUGGUGGUGCAGGAGGAUUGGGCUCUCCUUAUGGCAAGGAUGGCCUCCCAGCUGGGGCUGGUGUUGUUGGUUUUGGAGGUGUUGGUUCUCCCUAUGGCAAGGAUGGCCUUUCAGUUGGUGCUGGUGUUGUAGGUUUUGGAGGUGUUGGUUCUCCUUAUGGCAAGGAUGGUCUUCCAGCUGGGGCUGGUGUUGGUGUUGGUGUUUUGGGAGGUGUUGGUUCUCCCUAUGGCAAGGAUGGUCUUCCAGCUGGUGUUGGUGGUGCUGGUGUAGCUGGUGCAGGAGGAUUGGGCUCUCCCUAUGGCAAGGAUGGCCUCCCAGUUGGGGCUGGUGUUGGUGGUGUGGGAGCUGGUGCAGGAGGAUUUGGCUCUCCCUAUGGCAAGGAUGGCCUUCCAGCUGGGGCUGGUGUUGGUGUUGUAGGUUUUGCAGGUGUUGGUUCUCCCUAUGGCAAGGAUGGUCUUCCAGCUGGGGCUGGUGCUGGUGUUGGUGGAUUUGGCUCUCUCUAUGGAAAGGAUGGCCUCCCAGCUGGGGCUGGUGUUGGCGUUGGUGUUGGUGGUGCGGGAGGUGUUGGUUCUCCCUAUGGCAAGGAUGGCCUCCCAGCUGGAGCUGGUGUUGCUGUUGGUGGUGCUGGUGGUGUGGGAGGUGUUGGUUCUCCCUAUGGCAAGGAUGGUCUUCCAGCUGGUGUUGGUGUUGGUGGUGUGGGAGGUGUUGGUUCUCCCUAUGGCAAGGAUGGUCUUCCAGCUGGGGCUGGUGUUGGUGGUGCUAGUGUUGGUGGUGUGGGAGGUGUUGGUUCUCUCUAUGGCAAGGAUGGUCUUCCAGCUGGGGCUGCUGUUGGUGGUGCUGGUGAAGCUGGUGCAGGAGGAUUUGGCUCUCCCUAUGGCAAGGAUGGUCUUCCAGCUGGGGCUGGUGUUGAUGGUGGUGUUGGUGUUGGUUUGGGAGGUGCUGGUUCUGCCUACGGCAAGGAUGGUCUUCCAGCUGGGGCUGGUGUUGGUGGUGCUGGUGUAGCUGGUGCAGGAGGAUUUGGCUCUCCCUAUGGCAAGGAUGGCCUCCCAACUGGGGCUGGUGUUGGUGUUGGUGGUGUGGGAGGUGUUGGUUCUCCCUAUGGCAAGGAUGGUCUUCCAGCUGGGGCUGCUGUUGGUGCUGGUGGUGUGGGAGGUGUUGGUUCUCCUUAUGGCAAGGAUGGUCUUCCAGCUGGGGCUGGUGUUGGUGGUGUUGGUUUGGGAGGUGUUGGUUCUCCUUAUGGCAAAGAUGGUCUUCCAGCUGGGGCUGCUGUUGGUGGUGCUGGUGAAGCUGCUGCAAGGGGAGUUGGCUCUCCCUAUGGCAAAGAUGGUCUUCCAGCUGGUGCUGGGGUUGGUGGUGCUAGUGUCGGUGGUGUGGGAGGUGCUGGUUCUCCUCAUGGCAAGGAUGGUCUUCCAGCUGGUGCUGGUGUUGGUGGUGCUAGUGUUGUUGGUGUGGGAGGUGUUGGUUCUCCCUAUGGCAAGGAUGGUCUUCCAGCUGGGGCUGGUGUUGGUGGUGUUGGUGGUGUGGGAGGUGUUGGUUCUCCUUAUGGCAAGGAUGGUCUUCCAACCGGGGCUGGUGCUGGUGGUGUUGGUGUUGCUGGUGCAGGAGGAUUUGGCUCUCCCUAUGGCAAGGAUGGCCUUCCAACUGGGGCUGCUGUUGGUGGUGUUGGUGGUGUGGGAGGUGUUGGUUCUCCUUAUGGCAAGGAUGGUCUUCCAGCUGGUGCUGGUGCUGGUGGUGCCGGUGUUGGUGGUUUGGGAGGUGUUGGUUCUCCCUAUGGCAAGGAUGGUCUUCCAGCUGGGGUUGGUGUUGGUGGUGUUGGUGGUGUGGGAGGUGUUGGUUCUCCCUAUGGCAAGGAUGGUCUUCCAGCUGGGGCUGGUGCUGGUGGUGCUGGUGUUGGUGGUGUGGGAGGUGUUGGUUCUCCCUAUGGCAAAGAUGGUCUUCCAGCUGGGACUGGUGUUGAUGGUGUUGGUGGUGUUGGUUUGGGAGGUGUUGGUUCUCCCUACAGCAAGGAUGGUCUUCCAGCUGGGGCUGGUGUUGGUGGUGCUGGUGUAGCUGCUGCAGCAGGAUUUGGCUCUCCCUAUGGCAAAGAUGGUCUUCCAGCUGGGGCUGCUGUUGGUGGUGGUGGUGCUGGUGGUGUGGGAGGUGUUGGUUCUCCCUAUGGAAGAGAUGGUCUUCCAGCUGGGGCUGGUGUUGGUGGUGUUGGUUUGGGAGGUGUUGGUUCUCCUUAUGGCAAGGAUGGUCUUCCAGCUGGGGCUGCUGUUGGUGGUGCUGGUGAAGCUGGUGCAGGAGGAUUUGGCUCUCCCUAUGGCAAAGAUGGUCUUCCAGCUGGGGCUGGUGGUGGUGGUGCUAGUGUUGGUGGUGUGGGAGGUGUUGGUUCUCCUUAUGGCAAGGAUGGUCUUCCAGCUGGUGCUGGUGUUGGUGGAGCUAGUGUUGGUGGUGUGGGAGGUGUUGGUUCUCCUUAUGGCAAGGAUGGUCUUCCAGCUGGGACUGGUGUUGAUGGUGUUGGUGGUGUUGGUUUGGGAGGUGUUGGUUCUCCUUAUGGCAAGGAUGGUCUUCCAGCUGGGGCUGGUGUUGGUGUUGGUGGUGCUGGUGGUGUGGGAGGUGUUGGUUCUCCUUAUGGCAAGGAUGGUCUUCCAGCUGGGGCUGGUGUUGGUGGAGCUAGUGUUGGUGGUGUGGGAGGUGUUGGUUCUCCUUAUGGCAAGGAUGGUCUUCCAGCUGGGACUGGUGUUGAUGGUGUUGGUGGUGUUGGUUUGGGAGGUGUUGGUUCUCCUUAUGGCAAGGAUGGUCUUCCAGCUGGGGCUGGUGUUGGUGUUGGUGGUGCUGGUGGUGUGGGAGGUGUUGGUUCUCCUUAUGGCAAGGAUGGUCUUCCAGCUGGGGCUGGUGUUGGUGGAGCUAGUGUUGGUGGUGUGGGAGGUGUUGGUUCUCCUUAUGGCAAGGAUGGUCUUCCAGCUGGGACUGGUGUUGAUGGUGUUGGUGGUGUUGGUUUGGGAGGUGUUGUUUCUCCCUAUGGCAAAGAUGGUCUUCCAGCCGGGGCUGGUGUUGGUGGUGCUAGUGUCGGUGGUGUUGGAGGUGUUGGCUCUGCCUAUGGCAAGGAUGGUCUUCCAACUGGAGCUGGUGUUGAUGGUGUUGGUGGUGUUGGUUUGGGAGGUGUUGGUUCUCCUUAUGGCAAGGAUGGUCUUCCAGCUGGGGCUGGUGUUGGUGUUGGUGGUGUUGGUGGUGUGGGAGGUGUUGGUUCUCCUUAUGGCAAGGAUGGUCUUCCAGCUGGGACUGGUGUUGAUGGUGUUGGUGGUGUUGGUUUGGGAGGUGUUGGUUCUCCUUAUGGCAAGGAUGGUCUUCCAGCUGGGGCUGGUGUUGGUGUUGGUGCUGCUGGUGGUGUGGGAGGUGUUGGUUCUCCUUAUGGCAAAGAUGGUCUUCCAGCUGGUGCUGGUGUUGGUGGUGUUGGUUUUGGAGGUGUUGGUUCUCCCUAUGGCAAGGAUGGUCUUCCAACCGGGGCUGGUGUUGGUGGUGCUAGUGUCGGUGGUGUUGGAGGUGUUGGCUCUUCCUAUGGCAAGGAUGGUCUUCCAGCUGGAGCUGGUGUUGAUGGUGUUGGUGGUGUUGGUUUGGGAGGUGUUGGUUCUCCCUAUGGCAAAGAUGGUCUUCCAGCUGGGGCUGCUGUUGGUGGUGCUGGUGAAGCUGGUGCAGGAGGAUUUGGCUCUCCCUAUGGCAAGGAUGGUCUUCCAGCUGGGGCUGCUGUUGGUGGUGGUGUUGGUGUUGGUUUGGGAGCUGUUGGUUCUCCCUAUGGCAAGGAUGGUCUUCCAGCUGGGGCUGGUGUUGGUGGUGCUGGUGAAGCUGGUGCAGGAGGAUUUGGCUCUCCUUAUGGCAAGGAUGGUCUUCCAGCUGGGACUAGUGUUGGUGGUGCUGGUGUAGCUGGUGCAGGAGGAUUUGGCUCUCCCUAUGGCAAGGAUGGCCUCCCAACUGGGGCUGGUGUUGGUGUUGGUGGUGUGGGAGGUGUUGGUUCUCCCUAUGGCAAGGAUGGUCUUCCAGCUGGUGUUGGUGUUGGUGGUGGUGUUGGUUUUGGAGGUGUUGGUUCUCCUUAUGGCAAGGAUGGUCUUCCAGCUGGGGCUGGUGCUGGUGGUGCUGGUGUUGGUGGUGUGGGAGGUGUUGGUUCUCCCUAUGGAAAAGAUGGUCUCCUAAUGGGAAUGGGAGCUGGGGGUGGUGGUGCUGGUGUUGUUGGUUUGGGAGGUGUUGGUUCUCCCUAUGGAAAGGAUGGUCUUUCAGCUGGAUCACGUGUUGGUGGUGCUGGUGCAAGGGGAGUUGGCUCUUCCUAUGGAAAAGAUGGUUUCUCAGCUCUGGGUGUGGCUGGAGCUGCUCAUUUUCCUUUCGGGGGUGGAGAAGGAAUGGGAUCUUAUCGCAGUAAAGAUGGUCAAGGCUAUUUAGGUGGAGCAGGAGGAGCUGCUUUUUCUCCUGGCAGAUCAUCUUCAAAAGGUGGGGGUGUUGUUGGCGCCUCUGCAAUACAAGCUGCAGGGUCUCCCUACGGCAAGGAUAGUGUGUCAGCUGGCUCCAGGGCUGGGGCAGGGGGUGUUGGCAGGUUGGGAAGUGAUGAACGGGAGUUACAUUCAGUCCCUGGUAGAGAAGGUGCGGUAGGUGCUCUUGGACUAGGUGGUGAAUUUGGGCUGGAUUCCCGUCCUGGCAAAUUUUCUAUGCGAGGUGAAGCUGGAACUGGUGCUCACAGUGAUUUCAGAGGAUCAGGACACAAAGGUUCAACCGGUGACAGAGAUUCACUUUCAGGUCAAGGAAGUGCCAGGGGUGAGGACAGGGAUUUAGGAGAGUUAGGCUCCUACUAUAGCAAGGAUUCUGCCUUUGGUGGAGCAGGAAGUAAAUCCCAUUACAGAUCUGCUGAUGGGAGAAAGUCAGGUGUUCUUGGUGAAGGUUCACUGGGUUAUGAUGAGAUAUCAAGUCCUGAUGGUGAACUUUCUUCAAUAAACCGGAGAAAACAGAUACCUGGCCUUGAUAUUAAAGCAAAAGAAUACUUGAAGAAUACAGACAAUAUGGAAAAAAGAAGACGUUUUCCCAAAGACGAUUUGAAAGCAGCCCGCUGUCAUGUCAUCAAACCAUUGGUAGAUGUCAGAGUCCUGAAAGGGGAGUCAGCUGAGCUGUCUUGCACUCUCAGUAAUGAUGAAGUGAAAGGAACCUGGUUUAAAGAUGGAUUAAAGUUAAAAAGCAUGGAUGGAGUCCUUUUUGAAAAGGAAGGCUCAGUCCACAAACUGAUUAUUAACAAAGUAGAAAAUAUUCAUGCUGGAAAAUAUAAGUUUGAAGCUGCAGAAAUAAAAACUGAAGCUUCUCUUUUUGUUGAAGAUCCUCCUCAGGUUGACAAAGUUCUCCUCAAAAACCUAACAAAUGUUCCUACUGUGGUCAAAGCUGGGCAGAAAAUAAAGAUCGAGAUCCCAUUUGAGGGCCAGCUACCAAUCAGAGCAACGUGGCUAAAGGAUGGAAUGGAGCUAGUAGAUGACACAAGGAUUCGUGUUUAUAAAGCAGAUACCUUUACCAUGUUGUCCAUCUCCAGCAGUGAAAGAAAGGACUGUGGGGAUUACAAAGUCAGGCUGAAGAAUGACCAUGGAGUCCUGGAGAUCAACCUAAAGCUUGUGGUAAUAGACAAGCCACAGCAACCCACAGGACCCAUCAAAGUUGUAGAAAGCUCCUCAAGUGACAUCACCAUUCAGUGGAAGCCCCCAAAAGAUGAUGGGGGCAAACCAGUGCAAAGCUAUAUUGUCGAGAGGCAGCAAGUAGGCCAGGAAGACUGGGUGACUUUGGGAGAAACCCCCAAAAGCUGUACCACUUUCACUACCAACAAAGUGGAACAAGACAUGAGCUACUACUUCAGGGUGCGAGCUGUGAAUGCAGAGGGAACCGGUGAUGCACUGGAAUCAGAUGAGGUGAAGGCUGUCGGUAAAGCUUCACCUGGUCCCCCAGAUCCCCCUGAGAUCAUCAGUGCCACCAAAGAGACUAUCACAAUAUCCUGGAAAGCACCUCGUAAAACUGGCAAUUCCCAAAUUGUGGGGUACAUUGUUCAAAAACGCAAGAUGGGUACCAAUACCUGGGUGCCAGUCACCAAAGUGCCUAUAGCAGACAGGAAAUUGAAAAUAACUAACCUCAAGAUGGGGCUGCAGUAUGAAUUUCGCGUGGCAGCUGUCAAUGCUGCUGGUGUAGGAGAGGCCAGUGCACCGUCACAGCCUGUCUUUGCUGGGGAUUCCACAAAAAUUCCAGGUCAAGUGAGGGACCUUAGAGUGGCCAACAGUGACAGCACUAGCAUCACCCUGACAUGGAGAGAACCUGAGCCAAAAGAUGGGGUUGAUGUGAAAGGCUAUGAGGUAGAGAUGCGAUCUCAUGACAACCUCAACUGGACCAAAUGCAGUGCUCUUCCUAUAGAGGCAACCAGGUAUACAGUUAAAGGCCUGCAAGCCAAAGAGUUGUACUUCCUGCGUGUGAGAGCGCUCAAUGACAAUGGCCUAGGAGAAGCUGCAGAGCUUGAAACAUCGGUUGAAGCUGCUCCUCCUGUUGUUCCUCCCAGGUUUCUAAUAGAGGACAGAGUGAAAAGCUUCCUGAUUAUAAAAGCAGGCAAUACCAUCCGAGUGCCAAUUCCCUUUGAAGCAUCUCCAGAUCCUGUAGUGACCUGGUUAAAGGAUGGACUUCCUCUGCCGAAACGGGCCACAAUAAGCACCGAACAUGGUACCACCCAACUGCUGAUCGAAGCAGCUGAGUUGUCUGACACUGGCACCUACACUGUUGAGCUCCAGAAUGGGUUAGGGAAUAAAGAAACAUUCAGCUUCCAAGUUCAAGUUACAGAUAUCCCACAGUCCCCUGGACCUAUUGAAUUAGAAGAGAAUGUGUCAAAUACAGUGACAGUGACGUGGCAGCCAUCAGCAUCUGAGAAAUGGGAAAGUAAUCUCUACUACACGGUCCUGAAACGUGAAUCACAGAAAGGCUUGUGGCACGUGGUGGGUGACCUGAUCUACACCAACAAGUUCACAUUCACCCAACUUAUCCCAGGCCGGGACUACUACUUUAGGGUUGUGGCAAAAAAUUACUUGGGAGCCAGUAGUCCAUCUGAAACUGUGAAGCCUUGGAGACUUCGAAAAAAGAAGGCUGAAUUUCAAGUCAAACAACCAGAAUACAGGGAAGUUAAUCAAAAUCAACCCCCAAGACUCCUCGUCCAGCUGAAGCCUCAUGUGGUGACCACUGGGACUGAGUGCCACAUGAGCUGUGCAGUUGCAGGCCAUCCACCACCAAAGAUCACAUGGUACAAAGAUGGCAGGGACAUCUCCAAGGAUCCUACCUAUUUGUGCACAAAUAUCUUUGGUGUCUGCUCCCUGGUGAUCGUAGAUGUUGCAAAAAGGGAUGAAGGAGAAUAUAUGGUAGAGGCCACCAAUGGAUUGGGCCGUGCAUUCAGCAAAGCCUUCCUCACCAUUAAAGGUAACAAUCUUUAA